AAAGAGUUUAUCUUCACGGCUAGAGGAAGUUGACAUACCUGUUACAACAUACCUGUUACAGUAUUCCUCAUCUUUCAUGCCUUUCACAUGGAGUUAAAAUCCACAUUCAAAUGAAACAUAGUCAAGAGAAAUCCACCCAUUUCUGCAAUCACAGUUUGACCAGUGUAAAGAGAACCACCGGGGAUAAAAUUGACGGAGAAGCAAUCAAUCAUUCUGCAGCCUUUGAGAUGCAACCAGGUACGAGUGUAUACGAAUCUCCUGCUCUGAACCAAGCAGACGAAACUCCACCUAUCAGCAAGACGGUCGUCAACGAUACCAAAAAUAUCUUCUAUUUUGAUGAUGGGGAUGAUGCCCCCUUACCAGCUUUAGAGAACCUCCAAAUUUCAGGAGAACCUUAUCCUGGACAUGAACUUCAGGCUUGUGGUUACUCCAUUAAUGGAACAACAAGUUGUAAUUUUGAGUGGGUAUGUCAUCUAGAAGAUGGAUCUGUGAAUUACAUUGAUGGAGCAAAGAAGCCAAAUUACCUUGUCACUGCUGAUGAUGUUGGUUUAUGUCUUGCUAUUGAAGUUCAGCCUUUGGAUGACCGGAACCGGAAGGGAGAGCUUGUGAAGGUUUUUGCCAAUGAUAAUCGCAAGAUCGCUUGCCAUCCAGAGAUGCAGAGCAAUAUAGACAAGACUCUUCAUACUGGUCAUGCUUCAUACAAAGUUUCUCUUGCGAUUGGUUUCGUGCAUAUAUGGGAAGCAGCUACGUUAUCUAUUGAGAGAGAAGGUUACACCAUCAAGUGUAAUAACGAUCUCACAAUUACAGAAAAGUUCUCAGCUUCUACUGCUGUAAAAAUUCCGUUUGAGAAACCUGCAGAACUUGUUAUCAUUGGUUCUGAUGGUAGUGAACAUUGCUUACGAGUAGAUAAUGAAUGGCCAGACAUCAGCUCAAGAGAUGAAAUAGUACUCACCCUGAGAUCAUUUAUCAAGACGGCUCUGCAAAGAGGAAAAAAGGGUUUUAAGAUUGGUGAAGUAUGUUGUUGUAUUUGAGCAGAAGCUCUGAAGCUAGUGAGGAAAGAGUAAAGGAAAAGGAAUAUGUAAAGAGGCGCGAGAAGACAUAAAUGAGGUUCCUCGAUCUGUGUUCUUCAUCGCUCAAAAUAUGAAAUAAAUUGAGUUUUGUUGUCUGUGUGGAUAGAUUAGCGUGAAACAGAGGUUUUUUUAAAGUAAACGGUCUAAACGGUCUUUUGUGAGAAAGACCUUGUAGAAGGGAAACAAAUUAUUCAUGAGAAAAAAAUCAAUCUUUGUUU